GGCCCCCAAUGACUAGAUUUGAAUCCAUCUCUUGGGGCCUUAUUUUGGGUUCCAGGUCCUGGGAUGGGAGAAGCAAUACCCCAAAGCCAAAGGGUGGAGAGGGACAAAGCAGUGAUUCCAAUACAUCUGGUCUCGGGCCGUCCCAGCAGGCCAAGCUGUCCUCAGGUGGUAUCUUUUCAAGCAACUGCAAACACUCAACUUCCUCCAGAGAGUGGGGCAGGCAGGAUAUAUAGGCAAAUGCUGUUUUUCACCAUGAUGGGAAACGGUAGGAUGAUUCCUUAUUUUAGAAUCUGGGAGGGCUUUGGGAUGGCUAGACUCAUAGAAGGGGGCAAAAGAACUUGCCCUGGAGCUGUUUUUCUUUCUUUCUUUUUUCUUUUCUUUUUUUUUGAGAUGGAGUUUCGCCCUUUUGCCCAGGCUGGAGUGCAGUGGCUCCAUCUCAGCUCACUGCUAUCUCCACCUUCCGGUUUCAGGCGAUUCUCCUGCCUCAGCCACCCAAGUAGCUGGGACUACAGGCCCCUGCCACCACGCCCGGCUAAUCUUUGUUGGCCAGGCUGGUCCCGAACUCCUGACCUCGUGAUCCUCCCACUUCAGCCUCCCAAAGUGCUAGGAUUACAGGCGGGAGCCACUGCGCCCUGCCCUGGAGCUGUUUUUCUAACAAGCACUCAGAAGCACCUCCCUCCCCACCCUCCUCCAAGCCUGGACCCACGGGUCCAGAUCUGCCUCGAGCCCCUCGAAACCAGGACUCCAGCACCUCUGGUCCCGCCCUCACCCGGACCCCUGGCCCUCACGUCUCCUCCAGGGAUGGCGCUGGCGGCUUUGAUGAUCGCCCUCGGCAGCCUCGGCCUCCACACCUGGCAGGCCCAGGCUGUUCCCAUCCUGCCCCUGGGCCUGGCUCCAGACACCUUUGACGAUACCUAUGUGGGUUGUGCAGAGGAGAUGGAGGAGAAGGCAGCCCCCCUGCUAAAGGAGGAAAUGGCCCACCAUGCCCUGCUGCGGGAAUCCUGGGAGGCAGCCCAGGAGACCUGGGAGGACAAGCGUCGAGGGCUUACCUUGCCCCCUGGCUUCAAAGCCCAGAAUGGAAUAGCCAUUAUGGUCUACACCAACUCAUCGAACACCUUGUACUGGGAGUUGAAUCAGGCGGUGCGGACGGGCGGAGGCUCCCGGGAGCUCUACAUGAGGCACUUUCCCUUCAAGGCCCUGCAUUUCUACCUGAUCCGGGCCCUGCAGCUGCUGCGAGGCAGUGGGGGUUGCAGCAGGGGACCUGGGGAGGUGGUGUUCCGAGGUGUGGGCAACCUUCGCUUUGAACCCAAGAGGCUGGGGGACUCUGUCCGCUUGGGCCAGUUUGCCUCCAGCUCCCUGGAUAAGGCAGUGGCCCACAGAUUUGGUAAUGCCACCCUCUUCUCUCUAACAACUUGCUUUGGGGCCCCUAUACAGGCCUUCUCUGUCUUUCCCAAGGAGCGCGAGGUGCUGAUUCCCCCCCAUGAAGUCUUUUUGGUUACCAGAUUCUCUCAGGAUGGAGCCCAGAGCUUGGUGACUCUCUGGAGCUAUAAUCAGACCUGUAGCCAUUUUAACUGCGCCUAUCUGGGUGGGGAGAAGAGGCGGGGCUGUGUGUCUGCGCCAGGAGCCCUGGGAACGGGUGACCUUCAUAUGAAGAAGAGGCGCCUCCAGCAGCCUUGAGAAGCAAGAACAUGGUUCCGGACCCAGCCCUAGCAGCCUUCUCCCCAACCAGGAUGUUGGCCUGGGGAGGCCACAGCAGGGCUGAGGGAACUCUGCUAUGUGAUGGGGACUUCCUGGGACAAGCAAGGAAAGUACUGAGGCAGCCACUUGAUUGAACGGUGUUGCAAUGUGGAGACAUGGAGUUUUAUUGAGGUAGCUACGUGAUUAAAUGGUAUUGCAGUGUGGA